GCUCUAGAAUCCUCCCGAUCCACCUCCUGCGCAAGCGUAGUGCGCAGCCGCAGUGAGAGGUGCGUCAGCAGACGGGAGAAGCAGCAGCAGUCGAGUGUGCCGGUGAUAGGUGGGAGAGAGGGACAUGGCGGAUGGAGAGCGCUCCCCUCUCCUCUCGGAUCUCGGGGAUGGAGGCGGCAUGGGGGCAGCAGUGGGCCCCGGAGCCAUGUCACCGGGUAGCGGUCUUCCCUCUGCUCCUCCGUACGGUGGUCCUGGACCCACCCCCAGCAACAAGCCGCAAGGAUUUCCUGUGUUCCCAGCGGGUCAUGCGUUACCUAAUGAGGACCCUCCACCUUAUUCACCACUGACAAGUCCUGAAAGUGGCUCUGCUCCUAUGAUAACAUGCAGGGUGUGCCAGUCACUCAUCAAUGUGGAGGGCAAAAUGCAUCAGCAUGUAGUAAAAUGUGGAGUCUGCAACGAGGCCACACCCAUAAAGAAUGCCCCCCAGGGGAAGAAGUAUGUUCGUUGUCCCUGCAACUGUCUGCUAAUUUGUAAAGUCACCUCCCAGAGGAUAGCCUGCCCCAGGCCAUACUGUAAACGAAUCAUUAACCUUGGCCCAGUCCAUGCUGGUCCCCUCAGCCCAGAGCCACAGCCUGUCGGAGUACGAGUCAUUUGUGGACAUUGCAAGAACAAUUUUCUGUGGACAGAUUUUUCAGACCGGACGCUGGCACGCUGCCCGCACUGCCGGAAAGUCUCCUCUAUUGGACUGAGGUACCCACGAAGGAGAUGUGUGUGCUGCUUCUUAUUGGGAUUCGUCUUUGCUGUGGCUGCCGCUGGACUUGUGGCAGGCACUUGGACGUUGGCACGCAGAUUUGGUGGAAUCUAUGCCUCUUGGGCGAUAGUGCUGCUGUUGGCAUUGAUAUGCAUUGGGCGUGCCAUUUAUUGGGCAUGCAUGCGAGUCAGUCACCCCAUCCAAAGCUUCUCAUGAGCCUGUCUAGACCUGCCUCCCUUAGCUCCUCCCUUGGUGGCCAGAAUGGAAGUAACCUCUGGAAGGCACAAGGCGGAGUCAUUGCAGUGGCCAUUGACCAGCGGAAUGAAUCCAUGCUGCCUUAUGAAGCAGUGCUGACUAUAACUCCACUAUUCUUAAUCCACCUGCUAAUGUUUACCGCUGCCCAUGGUUAACCUCUUCACCACCAGGGGCUGCAAAGCACUGCAGGAUCCUGGAGCUGCAAAGGGGUUGAUUGCUUUUUAAUCAUUUUGUUGUUUUUAAAAUCAAUUGUAGGGAAACUAACGAACUCCUGAUCAUGCUGCAAGUUACGUGCGCCUUGUAGCAGAUGCAGGGAUAUGUUUACAUGAAGGAGGAGCAGGGGGCUUUAAAUAUGUGUCAUAGUAAUUUGGGGUAAUUGUACAAAACAGUCAUGGCAUAUACAAGGGUAAGGCAGCGGAAGCCAGGAUGGAGAGCCAGCCUUGGGAGGAUGUUUUUCCUCAUAGCGUCAUAUCCUCCUAUUUGUUGCACCUUAAAUCCAUUUUUACUUACUGGAAAGAGUGUGGGUUUUUUUUUUGUUUUUCCAAUACCUAAAGGAGAAUAGUUCCCAUUCAGCCUUUCCAGAGAGGCCUUCAGAACACUAUAACUUUUAUUUAGGACAAGGACCUGCUGUUAGUCGGUCUGGAAGCGUGAGGUAGAAUAUUGCUUUCUUUCCGAAACCUAUUACAAAAUGGCUGCAUGAAUUGAACAGUCCUCGUCGCAUCUAAUUUUGUUAGGUAUAGAAAGAGUACAUUUACCCAGUCCUUUUCACCACCGGUUCAUUCAUUUACCUGACUGUGUGACUUAAAGCAGCAGCCAGUACAAAUGAACCAAAAAUAAUUUGACGUUGUAGGAUUAUACAUGGAAAGCCAAUGCGCUGCAGUGUCUUGUAAUGGUGUGAAGACCACUUCAGUCCUUGGUUAUGCAUUAGGCUAAUAUUUUAGAACACACUGGAAUUUUAUGUUUUAGUAGCCUUCUCCAUUACCAAUCCUGGAAAACCUAAAUGUUUUAUGUUGCUACCUCUAGGACACUACAUAGAAGAACCACAUGUACUCUCCAUUAGAUUUUGGUGCUUUAGACGCCUCUUUUCAUGUUUUUAUCCAAUUGUUCUGUAAGGAGGGCAUUAUCCUAAUUUUAUAGGGAGGAAUACUUUUGAUUGCAGAAAAGGUGACUUUGGGGUGGGAGGUAACUUCGGUGUAACCACGAAGAUGAAAUCCAUUGUGACUACUGCAGGGUCCAAUCUGUUCUUUUAUCUGUGCAGCUGAGUUGUAAAUAAUUGUAAUUUUCUCUUUUUGUUGCUGCUGUGCUUCCUGCAAAUUUUAUUUCACUUGAAAAUAUAAAUGUUAUUGUUUUUCCUUCUUAUUUUUGACUCUGUGAAGCAUUGUUCCUUGGCCUUUGCGGACAAAACAUUAAAGAGGAGAUGCCACUUUAAUUUUUAA